CACGGAGGUGUCCUUUUGCUGGGGAAAAGUGUUCUUAAAGUUCCUCAGCCCAAAGGACGGAAUCAUGUGGGGGAGCAAGGGAUUUGUGGGGAUGGUGGUGCUGGUGUUGCUGGUAACCGUGGAGAUGCCCGCCCUAACCGACGGGGCUAGGGUGUUGGCCAUCUUUCCAUCGCCAGCCCGCAGUCAUCAGAUAGUGUACCGUGCGUUCAUGAAGGGUUUGAUCGAACGGGGCCACGAGCUGACGAUUAUGACAACGGACCCGUUCGCAGAGGAUCAUCCCAACGUGACCGUGAUAGACUGGAGCUAUGCGUACCGGAUCGUGGAACAAAAUCUCGACGUGGUGGACAUGAAGCAGCGUAACAUGAACUUCUACCAGAUUGCGGUACAGCUGCGAAGGUUGACACGGAUGUUCCUUGAGGCGGAACUGGCCCACCCCGAAGUGCAAGCGUUGAUCCACUCGCGGGACGCUCAGUUCGAUGUGGUCAUUGUGGAGUACUAUCAGUUCACACCGAUGUAUGCGUUCGCAGAACUGUUCCAGGCACCGAUGAUCGGGAUCAGUUCGAUCGAUUCGAUGGGCAUGUGCCAUGAGGCGAUCGGCAAUGUGAUGAAUGUGGUGGCGCAUCCCGAGAUGAACCACAAGUUUACGAAGGACUUAAACUUCUUCCAGCGUGUUGAAGCGGUUAUCUCGAAUCUGUUCAUACAGUUCCACAUUUUACCAACCGACUUUGCUGUUUUCGAUCGAAUGAUCGAACAAAACUUCGGCAGCAAUAUGACACGAUCGUGGGACCUGAUGCGUCGAAUCGAUUUCUUGAUGGUGAACGCAGAACCAGCGCUCGGAUAUGUGCGUCCCCUGGUUCCAAACGCCAUUCAGCUAGGUUUUAUGCACAUUCAACCACCAAAAGCGCUCCCGAAGGAUCUGCAAUCGUAUCUGGAUCGUUCGGUGCACGGUGUGGUGUACUUUAGUCUCGGGACGCUCAUCCGUAGUGACUCGCUUAAUCAACACAAUCUAAACCUCUUCCUGGAGGUGUUUAAAUCGCUCAAGUAUGAUGUGCUGUGGAAACAUGACGCUGAUCUGGACCUGAACGGCACGACCAACAUUCGGAUGGAACGCUGGGUACCGCAGCAGGAUGUUCUUGCACAUCCGAAGGUGAGAGUGUUUGUCAUGCAGGGCGGCCAGCAGUCGAUGGAGGAAGCAAUAGACCGGCACGUUCCGCUUGUGGUGAUACCGUUCAACUUCGAUCAGUUUGGCAACGCGGACAAGGUAACCGAGCGGGGCAUUGGCCGAUCGGUGUGGAUGGAGCGCCUGACGGUGGAAGGACUGCGUGAGUGCAUCAACGAUGUGGCCAGCAACAAGCGGUAUAAGCGGAACGUUGCCCGACUGGGAAGGUUGGUGCGUGAUCAACCGAUGCGCCCGGUCGAAAAGGCGGUCUGGUGGACGGAGUACAUCAUCCGGCAUAAUGGUGUGGAGCAUUAUCGGUAUCCGGCAGCUCACAUGCCCUUCCUGGUGUACCACUACUAUGAUGUGAUCGGUGCCGGAGUCUUACUUGCGAUUGUCCUCCUGACAAGCGUGUACUAUUUGCUAAGGCGAAUGUUCCGAUCUUUAGGCAGUUCCAUCAAGUACGGUGAAGGUCAUUUAUCGAGCGCGAAACUGUUGAAGGAAAAGGCUCUGUAG